AUGCUGGCGACAUUUGCUGAAUCCAUGGCCCGCCAACUCUUCCCCGGGCAGAACCUGGCCUUUGGCCUCAGCCUGUUCCUGUUCACCUUCAUGUUCAUUCCAACGCUGGUCGUGCUCCUCGCCGUCGUCGUCUUCUUCCUCUUCUGCUAUCCCCAGCUCCGGAAGCCCUGGUCAUAG